AUGUUGACUCGUUCUUUACUGUUCAGACAAUCCAAACGUUGCGUUUCGCAGCUUUCACACGUCAAACCACCAAAACAAAUCACAAAUGAGGCCGUCAAAUCGUUUGACAGCAAAGCUACACUCGACUGGGACUUGCUACGUGCCUCAGUGUCGAAAUUCAACAAUGCAUCCUUGGAUGUGCCUCUCGUAAUCAACGGGAAACGCAUCUUCCACAACGAGGGCAACAGAAGCUCUUACCAGCAGGUCAACCCGGCCAAACACUCCCAGGUGUUGGCCAACGUCACACAGGCGACUCAAGAAGACAUCGCCGCUGCUAUUGAAGCCUCCAAGACUGCCAAGGCCAAAUGGAUGAAAAUGCCCUUCUACGACCGUGCAGCGGUGUUUCUCAAGGCCGCUGACUUGAUCUCAACUAAGUAUCGCUACGACAUGCUGGCUGCGACCAUGUUGGGCCAGGGAAAAAACGUUUAUCAAGCGGAAAUCGACUGUAUCACCGAGUUGGCCGAUUUCUUCAGAUUUAACGUCAAAUACGCUGCAGAAUUGUACGCUCAACAGCCCUGCGAGUCCAGUCCGGGCGUUUGGAACAAAGCCGAAUACAGACCCUUGGAGGGCUUUGUCUACGCUGUCACACCUUUCAACUUCACCGCCAUUGCCGGAAACUUGAUCGGCGCCCCAGCGUUGAUGGGUAACACCGUAGUGUGGAAACCAUCCCAGGCUGCUUGUCUCUCCAACUACUUGCUGCUCACGGUUCUUGAGGAAGCUGGUUUGCCUCACGGUGUGGUGAAUUUCGUCCCCGGUAACCCCGUUGAGGUGACUCGCCAAGUAAUGGCAGACAAAGAGUUUGCUGCGCUGCAUUUCACUGGCUCCACCGCCGUGUUCAAGCAGUUGUACGGGCAAAUUCAGCAAGGUGUUGUCAACGAUCUUUAUAGAGACUAUCCCCGCAUUGUGGGCGAGACUGGUGGUAAAAACUUCCAUUUGGUCCAUCCCAGCGCCAGCAUGCCACACGCCGUUCUCAGCACUUUGAGAGGCGCCUUUGAAUUCCAGGGCCAGAAGUGCUCAGCAACUUCGAGACUGUACAUUCCGCAAUCCAAGAGCGCCGAGUUUUUGGCCGACUUAGUGGGUUCUCUAAGUUCGGUGCGCACCGUCAACACCUCGGCCUCCAAGAUCAACGGUGGAGACUUGCACGGCUUCAUGGGCCCUGUGAUCCACGAACAAAGUUUCGACAAGUUGGCUGGCGCCAUCGAUGAGGCGAAGAACGACCCAGAGCUCGAGAUCAUCACCGGAGGUGAGUACGAUAAGACUAACGGCUUUUUCAUUGAACCCACCGUUAUUAAGACCACCAACCCUAACCACAAGUUCAUGUCUACCGAGUUUUUCGGACCCGUGUUGACCGUUUACGAGUACCCAGACGCUGAAUUCACCCAGAUCUGUGAGACUAUCGAUAAAACCACCAGCUAUGGGCUGACUGGUUCCAUUUUCGCCCGUGACAGAGAUGUCAUCAACUCCGCGGACGAACUUUUGAAAUACAGUGCUGGUAACUUCUACAUCAACGACAAGUGCACAGGUGCCGUCGUUGGCCAGCAAUGGUUUGGCGGUGCCAGAAUGAGUGGUACUGACGACAAGGCCGGUAGUGGAAACAUUUUGUCGCGCUUUGUGAGCAUCCGCAACGUGAAGGAGAACUUCUACGAGUUGACUGACUUCAGAUACCCUUCCAACUACGAAUAA